AUGGCGAAAAGAGACCUCACCUCGUUCAUUGAGUUUCAAACCAAUCUCUCAUCACGGUCGUCAUUUCAAAGCAAGAAACAAAAAUUAACUCCAACAUGGAUAAAUGAUGAUGGAAAUGUUCGGAUGAUCCUUGUUGAUUUUUCAACUUGUUUAUUUUGUCAUGAUGAUGAAAAUUAUGAACACACUCGGAAUGUAGAAUUGUUAUUGAAAAAGAAAUUCACAUGGCAACAAGAAGGAAAAAAGAAAUGGCUUUUGAACCGGGAAUUGCAAUAUUAUAAUUUCUUUCCAGUCGAAUUUAUGAAUGAUCGUGAAUUUGUGUUGAAUCAUAUCAAAAAGUAUGGAUAUGGAUUGAAGUUUGCAUCCGCAUCAUUACAACAAGAUCGAGAUUUUGUUUUGAAAGUGGUUCAACAAAAAGGUUCAGAGUUACGAUUUGCAGAUGAAGUUAUUCACAAUGAUAAAGAAGUGGUGUUGACAGCCACAAAGGAAAAUGAUGAAUCAUUUAGAUGUGCUUCAAAAGCACUUCGAUAUGACAGGGAAUUCGUGUUGGAAGUUGUGAGGCAGAAUGGAAUGGCUCUUCAGUGGCACCAUAAAUUUGGAAAUGACAAAGAAGUUGUGCUCACUGCUGUCAAACAAAAUGGAAUUGCAUUGCAAUUUAUUUAUUAUUUCAGAUAUAGAAAUUCAGAUUGGUAUGAAACAGUUGCAUUGGAGGCAAUCAAACAAAAUAAGAAUGCACUUCGAUAUGUUUCAGAAGAAUUUCUUCGAAAUCAUGAUUUCAUGUUACAAGUUCUCAAAUUAAUAUUUCCAGAUGAGUUUGAAACCUCAUGCUCUUUUGAUUAUUCAUCGAAAGAAAUCAUGAUGAAGAUCAUUCAAGAAUUUGGAUUUUUACUUGAAUUUGUGUCAAGUGAACUCAAAAGUGAUCGAGAUGUUGUUUUGAAUGCAGUUAAAAAUGCUGGUACUUCACUUCGAUUUGCAUCAGAAACUUUGAGAAAUGACAAAGAAAUUGCAUUAAUGGCUGUUCAACAAAAUGGUUGGGCAUUAGGAUAUGUUUCUUCAGAUUUGAAAGGAGACAAAGAGGUUGUGUUGGCUGCUGCAAAUCAACAUGGAUAUGCUCUUGUAUAUGCAUCAGAAGAGUUGCAGAAUGAGCGAGAAGUAGUCUUGAGUGCAGUAACUCAAAAUGGAGAGUCAUUACGUUAUUCUUCCAAUGAGAUGAAGAAAGACAGACAAGUUGUGUUGACAGCUGUAAAACAAAGGUGUGGAGCCAUUGAAUUCGCAGAUGAUGAAUUGAAAAAAGACGAAGAAAUUGUGAUGGAAGCUAUCAAACGAGAUCUCAGUUGUUUUCAUUAUAUUUCAAGGAAAUUAUUUUGUGACAAGUCAUUCUUGUUGAAAGCUGCAAAGUUUGGAGAUAACACACUUCUACAAUAUACACCCACAGAAAUUACAGACGAUCCUGAAUUUAUGGUGAAUCUUCGAGAAGAAAUCAAAAGAUCUGGGUUUGUUUCAGAAUACAGUGACGAAUUAUAUUGUGAAAGAAUGGAAUACUUUUAUUAUGGAGUUUAUUUGGGAACGAUGUGUAGAAGGUAA